CCGCCGCGUCCCGGGAGCCCGGGGCGGCGGGGCCCAGCGCCGGCCACCAUGCUGCAGAAGCAGGAGAAGGUGCUGCUGCUGAAGACCUUCCAGGGCCGGACGCUGCGGAUCGUGCGCGAGCACUACCUGCGGCCCCGCGUGCCGUGCCACAGCCCGCUCUGCCCGCAGCCCUCCGCCUGCCGCAACGAUGGGAAGCUGUUGAGUAGUGAUGUGACUCAUUAUGUAAUCCCAGACUGGAAAGUUGUUCAAGAUUACCUUGAGAUCCUAGAGUUUCUGGAGUUGAAGGGAAUUAUCUUCAUGCAAACAGCUUGUCAAGCUGUGCAACAUCAAAGGGGCCGGAGACAGUAUAACAAAUUGCGAAACCUACUGAAGGAUGCACGCCAUGAUUGCAUUUUGUUCGCUAAUGAAUUCCAGCAGCACUGCUAUCUUCCUCGGGAAGGAGGGGAGCCCAUGGAGAAGUGGCAGACCAGGAGCAUCUACAACGCGGCUGUCUGGUACUAUCACCACUGCCAGGACAGGAUGCCGGUCGUUAUGGUGACGGAAGAUGAAGAAGCCAUUCAGCAGUACGGAAGUGAAACAGAAGGAGUGUUUGUGAUUUCUUUCAAGAAUUACCUGGAUAAUUUUUGGCCUGAUUUAAAAGCUGCCCAUGAGCUCUGUGACUCCAUCCUUCAAUCCCGCCGGGAGAAGGAGAGUGAGAAUCAGGAGAGCCACGGAAAGGAGUACCCUGAACAUCUUCCUGCCGAGGUCCUGGAAGCAGGGGUCAAAUCAGGAUGCUAUGUCCAGGGAAUUCUGAACGUGAAUAAACAUAGAGCACAAAUAGAAGCUUUUGUUCGACUUCAAGGAGCCAGCUGUAAAGAUUCAGGUUUAGUGAGUGACAUCCUCGUGCAUGGCCUCAAGGCUCGGAACCGUGCCAUUCACGGGGACCUGGUGGCGGUGGAACUCCUGCCCACACGGGAAUGGAAAGGCAGGACGGCUGCGCUGUGUGAGAACGACAUCGAGGACAAGGCCUCAGGCGAGUCUCCAAGCGAGCCCAUGCCGACAGGUCGAGUGGUGGGCAUUCUUCAGAAGAACUGGCGAGAUUAUGUGGUAACAUUUCCAUCUAAAGAAGAAGUCCAAUCUCAGGGCAAAAAUGCUCAGAAGGUUCUAGUUACUCCCUGGGAUUACAGAAUUCCCAAAAUCCGGAUUAGCACUCAGCAAGCAGGAGCCCUGCAGGACUUCAGGGUAGUUGUACGCAUUGAUUCCUGGGAAUCAACGUCUGUGUAUCCAAAUGGACAUUUUGUGCGUGUUCUAGGAAGGAUCGGCGAUCUGGAAGGGGAGAUCGCAACCAUCUUGGUGGAAAACAGCAUUUCCGUUGUUCCUUUCUCUGAGGCUCAGAUGUGUGAGAUGCCAGUGAACUCGCCAGAAAAUCCCUGGAAGGUGAGUCCUGAAGAAGAGAAAAGACGGAAAGACUUGAGGAAAACGCACCUGGUGUUCAGCAUUGACCCCAAAGGCUGCGAGGAUGUGGAUGAUGCCCUCUCCGUGAGAACCUUACACAAUGGCAACCUGGAGCUGGGGGUCCACAUCGCAGACGUGACCCAUUUUGUGGCACCCAAUUCUUACAUUGAUGUGGAAGCUAGGACCAGGGCCACCACAUACUACCUAGCAGAUCGGCGCUAUGACAUGCUGCCCCCGGUGCUGAGUGCUGACUUGUGUUCCCUCCUGGGAGGUGUUGAUAGGUAUGCUGUAAGUGUCAUGUGGGAACUGGAUAAAACCUCUUAUGAAAUCAAGCAAGUGUGGUAUGGCCGUACCAUUAUUCGAUCCGCUUACAAACUGUUCUAUGAAGCAGCCCAGGAACUUCUGGACGGCAACUUCAGCAUCCUCGACGAGAUUCCAGAAUUCAAGGACUUGGAUGAGAAGAGCAGACAAGCCAGGCUGGAGGAGUUAGUGUGGGCCAUCGGCAAGCUGACCAACAUAGCUCGCCACAUCCGAGCCCAACGCGAUGGCUGUGGCGCGCUGGAACUGGAAGGGGUAGAGGUUCGAGUAGAGCUAGACGAAAGAAAGAAUAUUCACGACCUCAUCCCCAGGCAGCCCCUGGAGGUGCACGAGACGGUGGCCGAAUGCAUGAUCCUCGCCAACCACUGGGUAGCCAAGAAGAUCUGGGAGAGUUUUCCUCACCAGGCCCUGCUGCGCCAGCACCCUCCUCCACACCAGGAGUUCUUCGCUGAGCUCCGAGAAUGCGCUAAGGCAAAAGGCUUCGUCAUAGAUACCAGGUCCAAUAAAACACUGGCUGAUUCUCUGGAUAAGGCGGAUGACCCCAACGACCCAAUUGUGAACAAGCUACUGCGCUCUAUGGCCACGCAGGCCAUGUCCAACGCGCUGUACUUCUCUACCGGCUCCUGUGCAGAAGAAGACUUCCACCAUUAUGGUCUUGCCUUGGAUAAAUAUACCCAUUUUACUUCUCCAAUAAGAAGAUAUUCUGAUAUGAUUGUCCACCGACUAUUGAUGGCAGCCAUUUCUAAAGACAGGAAAGAGGAAAUUAAAGAGAAUUUGUUCAGCAACAAAGAUCUGGAGGAAUUGUGCAGACAUAUCAACAACAGAAACAGAGCAGCACAGCACUCUCAGAAGCAGUCCACCGAGCUCUUCCAGUGCAUGUACUUCAAGGACAAAGACCCUGACACCGAGGCGCGCUGCAUAGCUGACGGGGUUAUUUACUCCAUUAGAACAAAUGGCGUGCUUGUGUUUAUUCCAAGAUUUGGGAUUAAAGGUGCUGCUUAUCUGAAAAACAAAGAUGGUUUAGUGAUCUCCUGUGGGCUAGACAGCCAUUCUGAAUGGAAACCAGGAUCCCUUCAACGAUGUCAAAACAAAAUCACCUCUACCCCAACAGGAGGGGACCCCGUUACUUUCCAUUUAUUUGACCAUGUCACAGUACGGAUAUCUGUACAGGCCCUGCGUUGCCACUCAGACACCAUCAGGCUUGAAAUAAUCAGCAACAAGCCAUAUAAGAUGUCAAGCACAGAACUUUGCCGCCAGAGUUCCCUCUUGCUGAAGAGUGAGCUGGUGAAAGAGGUGACGAGAUCCGUGGAAGAAGCUCAGCUUGCCCAGGAAAUCAAAGGCAAAGUCAUUGAGGAAGAGUAUCAGGAGUAUUGCCAAAGCAAGGGAGGCAGUCUCUACACACUCCUGGAGGAGAUAAGGGACCUAGCACUUCUGGAUGUUUCAAACAAUUACAGGAUCUGAAACACUUUGACUUCAUUAAAAGAGCCUGGUCUGA